CUGUGAAAAGUUUUUUUUUUCUUUCUCCCAGCGCCUUCUGUCUUUGCAAAAAACUUUAACCCGUGUCUUUCGGCAGACCCUCUUUAUGGUGUCUGGGUUUUCAGCUGCACUGUGAGUCGUGACGGCAAGUAUCCCUGGUUGGUGGCUCUUAUUGAAGCUCAUUCACGUCUACAAGUUGAUCACCGGUAAUGGAGCGCGAUGGAACUCGCCAUCUCAGGAUCAGCUGUUGCUGGACACUUAACUUCCCCCCCCCCUUGUUUAGUUUGCCCCCGAAGUAGACAGCAUCCGAGUCGAUGUGUAAUGUUGUGCGAUUGCGGCUUGAUGUGGUGUUUUUAUGGCUAAAAAAAGAAGAUCAGGGGUUGUGUGUGUGUGUGUGUGUGGACCGAAGUGCAGCCUGUGCGGGGAUUAUGGUGGAUUACUGUGGACAAACAUGUGUGUCAAGAUUGCUCUUGUUCAAACAGAUCAGCGCAAAUACAGUCAGACGUGCUUGCGCCCUCUCCUUAGAAGUGUCCUCUUUGAAGGCACACAAUGGAGUGAUGCGCGCACACACACUACUGGAGGACUAUGACCUUGGUAGCGUAUAGCGCCAAUUGGAGCUCUUUCGUGAACAAUGUAUUUUCCAAAGGAUCGUGUGUUGUAUUGUGUCUACUACAGUGCCUGGUUGUUGGCUCAACGGUGGAUGUGCUGGCAUUGAGUAGGAACGUCUGCCCAUUUUUUUCCCCCAGAAACUGACAGGAUUUCCUUGCAACACACCGCUGAUGAAAUUCCUCUGUGUGUCUGUUACAAUCCACGGACAAACAAAACGGUGACUGGUGUGAGUCAGGACGCACAGUUUUUGCUAUUUCUGAGUUACUCACAGGGAGAAAUUUGUCUCUAAAAUAAUAAACAAUCCUUCAAACCUGGGCAAAAGAACACUAAUUACACAAACUACCACACCAUGAACGAAUUCUAUUGAUUUCCCUUCUAACUGGAGUAGUAUUUCAGUGCAAUCCUCUUUUGCAACACGAUAACCCAUAUUCCCAGAAAGGGCAGAUCAGGUGGGAUCAAAAACCAGACGUAAAUAGACCUAGUUCUGCAAUCAUUAGAGGUAGCAACUUCCAGAUUCAGGGUGUGUCUGUCUGACGCUUCAACUCUCGCAAAGAUGAGCUUAAUUGUGCAAAUUCAAGAUGGAGAGAAAUGAUGAAGAAAGAGUAUCACAGGACAGUGCAAGUGGUGCAGAGGAGGAAGGGGUGAGCCACAUACACUGAAAACACAGAAGAGGGACGACACAGCAGUUAAGUCACUCUUAGCUGGAAAUGGAUUACCUAAAGCGAAAGGCCUGCUACGUUUCCUGACAUGCCCUCUCCUAGCUUCCUGCUGCAUUAUUGACUGUGAAGGAACAACCCCCCAAACCACCGUCUUCUUCUCAAAUGCUCUGUGGUUUUAUCAAUCAUGUGGAAUUUUAUUUGCCCGACAUGAGGGAUGCUGAAUCAUCUUUUAAAUAUGGUUAGUGUUACUUAAUAAGUCCGAGCUGAUUUGCCCGAAGGCAGUACCUGAUCUUUUUACCCGUCCUGUUACAAAACUAUAUCAAAUGCAAGCAUGACUGGAACAUUACGGACAGUCAUGGGUCAAUCUCGGCUCUAACGACGCAACGCUGCCCUCGGUGUGACUGAAAGAUAAAAUUAACCCGCGGGAAAACUCCAAAGAUGACUAUGUCUUCUCCAGUGGGACCGGAAAGUAUCACUCUGGCUCAGCCCAUCCCUGUCCCAAAGCUGACUGUCUUGCCACCCUCCUCGGAUACAGAGUCCUGGUCUCGCUCACCCAGCCCCAGACCGUCAGGCUUCAGCCGCCACAGCCGAUCCCACCGCAGCAGGACCAGAAAUAAGAAACGAAAUGAGGAAGAGCAAGGUGGAAGUCCCAGGCGGGGGAAAACGCCACAAAUUGUAAUAGAGGACGCUGUGGAGAUGGGCGCCAUUCCACACAGGGGCCCCUCGCCCUCCCCCUCUGUGGCCACUCAGAUGGAGGGGGAGGAGCAAGGUGAGGGCAGCCCUUCACAAGACCUUCUCCUGCCGCCGUCAUACUCUCGGAGGUCUCGUAGUCCCUCUCCCAGCCGCCGCUCUCGCUGGUCUCUCAGGAGCCUGCUCAGCAGAGACUCUGACUGGGACAACUGCAGUACGGCCAGUAACUCUCCACGCAGCACCCCCGGCAGCUCUCCCUCCCUGCGGCGCAGGGUCCUCGGGGGCGGCAGGGCCAGCGAGGCCGAGGGCGGAGGCGAGAGGAGCACUGUUGGAGGAGGCGGAGGUUCGGAUAGUCCCCUGCCCUCUGUACCCUCCGCCUCCUCCCUCUCAUCCGCCUACCCGCUUGCCUCUCGCCACUUCAGCCGCAAUGCCAAGAAAAUGCAGAGCUGGUACAAUGUUCUCAGUCCUACAUACAAACAGCGGAACGAGGAUUUUCGUAAACUCUUCAAGAAACUUCCUGACACAGAGCGACUUAUAGUGGACUACUCCUGUGCUCUGCAGAAGGACAUACUGCUCCAGGGCCGCCUCUAUCUGUCGGAGAACUGGCUCUGUUUCUACAGUAACAUCUUCCGCUGGGAAACCACUAUCACUAUCCUGCUGAAAGAUGUGACCUCUAUGACCAAGGAGAAGACGGCGAAGCUCAUCCCAAACGCCAUCCAGAUCAGCACUGACAAUGAGAAGCAUUUCUUCACAUCUUUUGGAGCAAGGGAUCGCAGCUUCAUGAUGAUCUUCCGUCUGUGGCAGAACGCGCUGCUGGACAAGUCUUUAUCCCCCAAAGAGCUGUGGCACAUCGUGCACCAGUGUUACGGCACUGAGCUGGGCCUCACCAGUGAAGAUGAUGACUACGUCUCCCCCACGGCCGAACACAUGAACGGCCUACUGCCAGGAGACGAGUCGGUGUCGGUCACAGAUCUGCUCGACCUGAGCUCAGUGUCGAUUCCCUCUAUGGGCAGCUCUCCCCCUCCCCUGGUGCCCUGCGGUCUGCUGAGCCCUUCGUCUGCUACAAACCUCGGGGGCUCCUCUCCACCUUCCUCUGCCUCCUGUCUGCCCAUUGAGGUGCCAUCCGCCUCUGGACUCAGACUCAGCUCCGACCCCCUCGACCCCAGCCCGCCCAGCUCCCACAGCACGCUGCCAUCCACCACUUCCACCAACGGCUCUGCCUCGGCCCCGGCCUCUGCUGCUGCCUCCUUUAAUCUAGAAGAGGGUGGGGACAGCCUGUCUGAGUCGGCCAAUCACAUGCUGCCCCCGCCGAACGCCAGUCUGGGGAACCUGUCCUCACUGGACAUCACCAACGAUGAGGAACUGCCCACUGACCCCAGCAACUCCUCCGACACGCAAGAAGAGAGUGAAGUGGAGUCAUUCUGUGCCGACCUGAGCGGGCGGCUACACAUCAACGCUGCGGUCCGCAUGAGCGUAGACAAGCUGCACGACCUGCUGUUCUCCGCCGACACACACUUCAUCCAGCACCUCUUCUCUCAGCGACACUUCACUGACCUGUGGGUGGGUGAAUGGCAGCAGGACAGCAGUAGUGGGAUUACCAGCCGUGUGCUUAGCUACACCAUAGCCCUCAACAACCCCCUCGGCCCCAAGACUGCCCCUGUGGUUGAGACGCAGACAUUGCAUAAGAGCAGUGCCCGAGGUGAGUGCUUUGUGGUGGACUCGGAGGUCAUCACCUCAGGCAUCCCGUACCAGGACUACUUCUACACAGUCCACAGAUACUGCCUCACCUCUAUCAACAAGCACAAGAGCCGACUCAGAGUUUCCUCGGACAUCUGCUACCGGAAGCAGCCAUGGAGUCUGGUGAAAACACUGAUUGAAAAGAACACCUGGAGCGGCAUUGAGGAGUACUACAGGCACAUGGAGAGUGAGGUGUCCAAGCUGGAGACCCUGCUGCAGUCCGAUGUUACCGUGGUGACCACGGGCGAAGCAGUAGGCGCCGACGCCGUCAAGACCCCGCCGUCGCUGCGCCGCCGAAAACGUACCUGCUCUCGACGGCAGGGCGAGAGGGAGAGAGAGAGGGACGGAGGCAGCGCGGGCGGUGGAGAGCGAGGGGAGAGAGGAGUCGGGGAGGAGAGGGAAAGGAGAGAAGCCGGUUCUCAGUAUAUGAAGCUGGGUGAGCGGUCACGUGGCGGAGGACAAAACAGUAUAUCCACCAUCCUCCUCAUCGUCAGCUUCAUGAUCUGUAUCAGUCUGGUGGUGCUGGUGGCUCUCAACAUGCUGCUGUUCUACAAGCUGUACGCUCUGGAGAGGGCGGCCCACACACUGGAGACGUGGCACUCCUACUCUGUCGCUGACAGUCCGUUGCCUCAGACAGCGGGGGAGUGGGCCCAGGUCCUGCAGCUCCAGAGGCAGUUUCACCAGGCUCAGCUCAGCAAGUGGCAGCAGAUCCUGCAGUCGUCCGUCACACUUCUCGACCAGAUGAAACAGUCUUUGGAAAAACUCCACCGGGGUAUCGUGGUCCCGGAGGUGCACCAGGAGCCCCCCUCCGACCCCCUUACAGAGACCCUGACUGAGGCCUGAGUCCUACCUCUUCUCUGACUACCCCACCCCCAUCCGCCCACGGACCCUCUGUCCAUCCUCUUUUCCCAAAUUCCCAUGUGGGCGGGACAUGCGGGGUGGAACUACAUCACCCACAACUCUCUUCGCCUGACUUGACUUGAAAUGGCAGCGCUCGCCACCAGCCUCAACCCGUAGCGACGUUGACGUCGGCGAACUCUUCUCAGACUGGAAGCCCACAGCAUCAGGACCACAGCAAUAAUUUAACUCACACAGCCGUCAUCUUGUCAUCUUGUACAUAAUGUCUGGAAAGGGGCCACUGGUGGGCCGGUCCAGACCGCCCACUCCUCAAGAACCAUACAGACACUUUCAGAACAACCCAAACUCAGACCUCCUCCCCGAUUUUACGACUAUCACAGACUCCGGUUUCUCUUCUGGCCCGCAACAUUUCAUAGAUUCAGAGGGAAAAAGGAUCAGUGAUUCUGGAAAGCGAGAGCCCCCCCCCACCCCGCCCCUCGUCCUGGGAACAGCUAGAUACCUUUGCCUUUAGUGAAUGCCUGCUGAAAAAAAAAAAAAAAAAAGGGGAACACCACCUGUGUGGAUAUGAGGAACAAACGGGUGGAAGGAAGGAAGGGGAAAGAGAUUGCUGACAGGAGCAGGACGCCUCUCUCGCUAUUUCUAUCCCAAAUGUUUUUUACCCCACUUCCUAGUCUGAGCUGCGUCCCGUCAGAGGCAGUCGGUCCUCCGUCAAAAAAACGGGAUGAGGAACAUUUCAACACCUGACACUUUAGAUUUCACCCUGAAUUUUUUUUUAGGUGUCAAUCACACAUCUGAGGAUAAAAUCCUAGACACACUCCUGCUCCUCAUGCUCCCGUUGGGGUUUUAUCUAGUUUUUUUCAAAAUCAAGUGUCGGCUCGUUUGUCAGGACCGUUACAGUAUUUAUUAUUAUUAUUAUUACCAAUGACUUUUGAUCUGAAGUCCUAUCCUGCUCCAAGGAGUCACGCGGUCGCUUUGGAUUUUUGCCGUUACGGUGCGGACCAAGAGGAGCUCCACGAGAAUGAUUAGCGGUCACAGCAAUAAUGACAAGAGUGGUUCUAGUCCUUUUUGAAUGUUUCAAACAAAGUAGUAUAUAAUUAUUAUAAUAAUAAUAAUGACGAACUGUGUGAAUGUGUGUAGAAGCGGCGAAAAAAAAGCCAGAGAAGAAGAUUUUGACGUUGCAGAUGUGUGCACGCAAUCGCGCUCAAUGUUACAUUCUUAGAAGUCUUGUUUUCAUAUUAGUGUUUAUGUGUAAAUAUAUAGAUGUAUAAUUUUCCCCUUCUCUUUUGUGAUUCAUCUUUCAGGCUUGGCCGUUCACUCUUUGUGUCACAGAGCCAGAGGUUAGCAGUUCACGAUUUACUGUAAGAAAUUACGUUGUUUGUCCAAGUGCGUUGCACAUUUCAAAAGAAAAAGGACCAACCGGAACUAUAGGCCCAUGCAAAGAAAAAGGGAAUCUGUUUUGCAGUAUUGUUUUGAUUCUUUCUUUUUUUGUGUAUGUGUGUUUGUCAGAUUAAUUUGACUCACUCGUUUUCUCUUUUUAUUGAAUUCGUUUUCCGUUUUCUAUCUUUUCAUUCUGCCAUCGUUAUUCGUUGUUUAUCUCCAGUCUUGUCUUUUCCAGCUUCUUGGCCUCCAAUGAAGUGAAACCAUCCUGCUCUUCUUCUUCUUCUUCUUCUUCUUCUUGUUCUCAGAACUCAGCCCCAAUCUUCCUCUCUUUCCUGCGUGUGCUCACUCUUCUCCUCCACACGCUCGCUCGCUCUCUCUCUUUCCCUCUAUUUCACCGAAGGUAGCGGCGACAGAAGCACGAGGGCCCUGCUGUGCAUGGCCCUUCUGCGGAAAACAAAAAUGAUGUAAUAUUUAUUUAGGGAGGGAGGGAGGAAAGGGGAUGUCUGGGGUGGGGGGAGAGAGAGCGAGAGAGAGACAGCGGAAGAGCGGGGAUGAGAAUGUACUGUAAUGAUGUGACUGUACACCAUGCCAUGGAGAGGAAUGAAAACUAAAACAUGCAA